AUGAGGUUUACAAGGGUGCCCGGUCUACUAGCCGUAGCGCUGGCAGCAACGGUUUUGGCCGAGAACGAAGAUACUGCCUGUUCUACUAGCACUGUCACGACGACUACAACAACCACCGCAACCAUCUUCAAGGAAGCCACCACUGUUUACUGGUCAACCGUCUAUGCUGAGCCUACUAUCUGCGCGACUACCACCGUCACCGUGAAUGGAAAUGGUGCAUCUACCGCGCCUUCGGAGCCAAGUACCAGCGCAUUGGCUGAUAGCACAUUGGCACCGGUAAGCACGACUGCUACCGUCGUUGUCGCUGCGAAUGCAGAAAGCGAAGCCUCGUCUGGCGGUUCGACGACGAUUACAAGCUUCUUGGUUGACCCUACUUCUGCCGGUAACCCGAACAGCGAAGAGAGCACGAUCGGCACUGACGCCGAGGUCUUUACCUGGACCGGCGAUGCUCCCACGGACACCUCUUCCUUGCCGGCACCAACUUACACCAGUGUGCCGGACGAUGGGACCUUGCCAGCUCCCGGUUCGGCGUCCUCCAACGUGACGGCUCCUCAAGCUGCCAUCUCGGAUGGUUCGUGCAAUACCGCGGCUGAUCGAAGCAAGUGGUGUGAUGGGAGGAGCGUCAGCACCGACUACUAUGCCGCCGCCUACUCAACGGGGCAGACUUGCUCGUAUGAGCUGACAAUCACUAAUACCACCAUUGACUACGAUGGCAGUGGGCCGAAGAUGGCCUUUGCGAUCAACGGCCAGGUUCCAGGACCACUCAUUGAAUGCAACUGGGGUGACAUUCUCGAGGUAACUGUGCACAACAACCUAGAAAACAACGCUACCUCGAUCCACUGGCACGGUAUCACGCAAAAAGAAUCCAAUGAUCAAGAUGGUGUCCCCGGUGUUACCGAAUGUGGCAUUGCUCCAGGAACUUCCCGCACAUACACGAUGAAGCUCAAUCAGUAUGGCACCGGAUGGUACCAUUCUCACACAAUGACCCAAUACGGGGACGGGAUUCGUGGCCCCAUGGUCGUCCACGGCCCUGCCACCGCCAGUUACGAUAUUGACAUGGGCACGGUCAUGAUUGACGAUAUCUUCGAUGCCACCGCAGCCCAGAUGAAUGAGAGAAUCGCCCAUUCGGGUCCAAGCAGCACCGUCAACUACCUACUCAACGGCAAGAACACCCUCCAAGAUCUCUCUGCCGGUCAGCAUGCUCUGUGGUCGGUCCAGCCGGGCAAGAAACAUCUAUUCCGCAUCAUCAAUUCGGGCGUGCAGAACAUGUACUCUGUGCACAUUGACGAUCAUGUCAUGACCGUGAUUGCCGCCGAUUACGUCCCUAUCGUCCCGUACACUACCGAGUGGCUGAACAUUGGCAUUGGCCAACGGUACGAUGUCAUUGUCGAGAUGAACCAGCCGGUUGCGGGCUACUUCCUGCGGGCUGUCACCCAGACUGGCUGUCCCAGUGGCUGUGGGAACAGCGGUCUCGGGAAUGCGAAUGGCAUCAUCCUCUACGAGGGUGCAGAGGCUACUCUGCCGACAUCGACAUACGGAAACAAGACGGCUAGCGACUUCGCCAUCUGCGCGGACGAGCCAAUCGCUUCGUUGGUGCCCUUCUUGGAGAAGACUGCUGGUUCUGCAGACCAAUUCGCCGCCACGGCUGCCACGGUGCCUGCUGGCAAGGUUGCACAAAUUGCCACCAGCGACGAUGGCAGUGUCGUCCGCUGGUACAUCAACAACGGCGCCAUCAAUGUCAACUACACUCAACCGACUCUCAAGACUCUCGCAGAUGGCAGCAACAGUUCACUGAUUUCAAAUCCAAUCACGCUGAACGUGGCAAACCAAUGGGUCUACUUCAUCAUCCAGAACCAGUUCUUCGCUUCGCAUCCGAUACACUUGCACGGACAUGACAUGAGCGUGCUGGGUCAGGGUAGUGCCACGUGGACCACGAGCUUACUGUCAACGCUCAAUUUCAACAACCCAACACGUCGUGACACCGCCAUGCUGGUGGGCUCGUCCGGACCAGGCAACCCUGCGGGCUACACGGUGAUUGGAUUCGAGACUGACAAUCCAGGAGCCUGGUUGAUGCACUGUCAUAUAGUCUGGCAUGUCGACGGCGGCCUGGCUCUGCAGUUCACCGAGCGACCAGCAGAUAUCCUGCCAUACGCCAAUUCCACCGCCUUCCAGGACGAAUGCUCUAGCCUUGCCACGUGGCAGGGGAACAACCCAGCUCGCAUUCAUACAUCAGGCGAGUCGGGCCUGAAGAGACGCACGUCUCUGGAAGAGCUGCUUGACACGCGGUCGAGAGACGACGUCGUCCGCCGCUCAGAGUCCCAUGAGAAGCUGCAUCUCGAGUCGAAACUCAAGCGUGGGCUGGGAGACAGCCUCAGGCAUCGCCACAUACGACACUAA